AUGAUUGAGAUGAGAGAUACGUAUCUCGUAGGUGGGGAGGGCCCCGACGGUGCACCAGGGCCCCCCCGACGGUGCACCAGGGCCCCGACGGGCCCCGACGGUGCACCAGGUGCACCAGGGCCCCGACGGUGCACCAGGGCCCCGACGGUGCCAGGGCCCCGACGGUGGACCAGGGCCCCGACGGUGGACCAGGGCCCCGACCACCAGGGCCCCGACGGUGCACCAGGGCCCCGACGGUGCACCAGGGCCCCGACGGUGGACCAGGGCCCCCGGUGGACCAGGGCCCCGACGGUGCACCAGGGCCCCGACGGUGCACCAGGGCCCCGACGGUGCACCAGGGCCCCGACGGUGGACCAGGGCCCCGACGGUGCACCACCCCGGUGCACCAGGGCCCCGACGGUGCCAGGGCCCCGACGGUGGACCCCCCGACGGUGCACCAGGACCCCGACGGUGACCAGGGCCCCGAGGACCCCGACGGUGGACCAGGGCCCCCACGGUGCACCAGGGCCCCGACGGUGCACGGUGCACCAGGACCCCGACGGUGGACCAGGACCCCGACGGUGCACCAGGGCCCCGACGGUGCACCAGGGCCCCGACGGUGAACCACGGAGGGCCCCGACGGUGGACCAGGACCCCGACGGUGGACCAGGGCCCCGACGGUGGACCAGGGCCCCGACGGUGGACCAGGGCCCCGACGGUGGACCAGGGCCCCGACGGUGCACCAGGGCCCCGACGGUGCACCAGGGCCCCGACGGUGGACCAGGGCCCCGACGGUGGACCAGGGCCCGACGGUGGACCAGGGCCCCGACGGUGGAAGGGCCCCGACGGUGCAUGCACCAGGGCCCCGACGGUGCACCAGGGCCCCGACGGUGGACCAGGGCCCCGACGGUGGACCAGGGCCCCGACGGUGCACCAGGGCCCCGACGGUGCACCAGGGCCCCGACGGUGGACCAGGGCCCCGACGGUGGACCAGGGCCCCGACGGUGGACCAGGGCCCCGACGGUGCACCAGGGCCCCGACGGUGGACCAGGGCCCCGACGGUGCACCAGGGCCCCGACGGUGGACCAGGGCCCCGACGGUGCACCAGGGCCCCGACGGUGGACCAGGGCCCCGACGGUGCACAGGGCCCCGACGGUGGACCAGGGCCCCGACGGUGCACCAGGGCCCCGACGGUGGACCAGGGCCCCGACGGUGCACCAGGGCCCCGACGGUGGACCAGGGCCCCGACGGUGCACCAGGGCCCCCAACGGAGAGAUGGAAAGGGAGAUAAUAUGA